CAUCCACAGGCCGAGCAGCCCAAAGUCCUGAGCGCCGUGGAGGACCGCAUGGAUGAGCUGGGUGCCAGCAUCGCACAGUCCCGGCGCACGGUGGCCCUCAUCAAGAGUGCAGCAGUGGCCGAGCGGGAAAGGGUGAGCCGGCUCUUUGCUGAGGCUGCAGCCACCCUGCAGGGCUUCCAGACCCAGGUGCUGAGCUUCAUUGAGGAGGGGGAGGCCGCCAUGCUGGGCCGCUCCCAGGGUGACCUGCGGCGACAGGAGGAACAGCGCAGCCACCUGAGCCGGGCCCGCCACAAUCUCAGUCAGGUCCCUGAGGCUGACUCAGUGAGCUUCCUGCAGGAGCUGCUGGCACUAAGGCUGGCCCUGGAGGAGGGGUGCAGCCCUGGGCCUGGCCCCCCGAGGGAGCUCAGCUUCACCAAGUCAUCCCAAGCCGUCCGGGCGGUGAGAGACGUGCUGACCGAGGCCUGCACCAGCCAGUGGGAGCAGCUGCGGGGGCUGGGCAGUGACGAAGACGGGCUGCAGAAGCUGGGCUCGGAAGCCAAUGCUGAGUCCCAGGACCCCGAUAGCACCAACCACCUAGAGAGUGAAGCUCCCAGGGACUAUUUCCUCAAGUUUGCCUACAUCGUGGACUUGGACAGCGACACGGCAGACAAGUUUCUGCAGCUGUUUGGAACCAAAGGUGUCAAGAGGGUGCUGUGUCCCAUCAACUACCCCGAGUCGCCCACUCGCUUCACCCACUGUGAGCAGGUGCUGGGCGAGGGUGCCCUGGACCGGGGCACCUACUACUGGGAGGUGGAGAUCAUCGAAGGCUGGGUCAGCGUGGGGGUCAUGGCCGAAGGCUUCUCCCCACAAGAGCCCUACGACCGGGGCCGGCUCGGCCGCAACGCCCACUCCUGCUGCCUGCAGUGGAAUGGACGCAGCUUCUCCGUCUGGUUCCACGGGCUGGAGGCGCCCCUGCCCCACCCCUUCUCGCCCACCGUGGGCGUCUGCCUGGAAUACGCCGACCGUGCCCUGGCUUUUUAUGCUGUGCGGGACGGCAAGAUGAGUCUUCUGCGGAGGCUGAAGGCCUCCCGGCCCCGCCGGGGUGGCGCCCCGGCCUCCCCCAUCGACCCCUUCCAGAGCCGCCUGGACAGCCAGUUCGCCGGGCUCUUCACGCACAGGCUCAAGCCCGCCUUCUUCCUGGAGAGCGUGGAUGCCCACCUGCAGAUCGGGCCCCUCAAGAAGUCCUGCAUAUCCGUGCUGAAAAGGAGGUGAUGCAGGGCGCACAGGCCUCCU